GGGAAGAGGAAGGCAGUUUGUGUAUAUCUGCCCUGCUCUACCCACCUCUCUUUUUCUUUCUCUUUACCCCUCUCUUUCUCCUUCCACGUCUGUUUCUCUCCCUCUGAGCUGUGUGUUGGUCGGGGUCCUGGCUCCCUUCGCGACAGGCUGUGGGACAGCUGAACUGAGCGAAUGUCGACAGGAGAGGAAGAGAACUGCGCUGGUAACCCUGGAGAUGCCCCGCCGAAGGUGGAGGUGUGGCCGGAGCUGGAGAGGGCAGAGUGUUUCGCCCGGGGGGCGGCCCUAAAGUGGGCCUCGGGGGUGUUCUGCCGCCCAGAGCUGCUGGAGAGGCUGGGCCAGUACCGAAAGAGAGAGAGCCAGCGGACCUCCUCCAUCCACUCCAGACUGAAGUCGGUGGUGCAGUCGUACCUGGAGGGCGUGGGCUGGGGCCUGGAGCAGCUGAGGGAGGCGCGGGGGGAGCUGAGGGAGGUGUCCCGCAGCCUGAGGGAGGCGGGGGUGGAGUCGCGGAGGAACGCCGAGGGGGUCCAGGGGCUGGACGCGCUGCAGGAGACCGCCGCCGACUACCGCCAACUCCUGGCCGCCGUCAGCAACCUGCCCCGCCUCUACUCAGUCCCGGGGGUGGUGCUGGAGACUGAGAGGCUGGUGGAGUCCCGCAGGCUGCUGGAGGCCCACGCCCGCCUCAUGGAGCUGGAGCAGUGGCAGGACGAGGUGCUGUGGCAGGUGCGCCAGGGCCCGGAGCCGGCCCCCCAGGACGAGGCCCUGGUUCUGGGCUACUUCUCCGGGGUGGGCCGCCUGGUGGACGCCCUGGCCCGGGAGCUGUGGUCGGUGGUGGGCAGCGGGCUGGUCCUGGCGGGGCAGAACCCCAUCCCCUUCGUCUCGGCGGUGCGCAUCGUGGAGCGGGAGGAGGCGCUGGACCGCGCCCUGCUGGAGGAGCGGGAGGCCUCGGCCAGGCCUCUCCCGCCCGGGCGCCCGCGGGGCUGGCGGGAGCGCUUCUUCGCGGUGGUGGAGGAGGCGGCCUGCGCCCGCGUGCGGAGCGUGUCCUACCUGCACACCCGCGGCCCCGGCCUGGCCAGCCACCUGGCGGCCCUGCAGCACGGCAUCGUGGGGGAUCUGGGCACGGUGCGCCACCUGCUGGAGCACUGCGUGCCGCCCCACUACCGCCUGGCGCGGGCGUACGUGCGGGCGUGCCACCGCUGCCUGCGCGCCCACCUGGCGCAGGUGUGCAGCUGGGAGCUGGAGAGCGGGGAGAUCUUCACCGUGCUCAACUGGGUCUUACACGUCUACAACAGCUCAGAGAUGCUGGGGGACCCGGAGCUGGUUUCAGUGAUCAGCCCAGCGGAGUUGGGACCCCUGAUCUCCCAGGAGGCCCUGGACCAGCUCCAGAACAAAUACGUGCACAGCGUCCGGAAUAGUGUGUCAGAGUGGAUGCAGAAAGCACUGGAGGUGGAGCUAACAGACUGGCAGAGGGAUCAGGAGCCUGACAUUGACCAUGAAGGAUUCUACCACACCAGCCUGCCCACCAUCAUCACACAGAUGCUGGAGGAGAACGCACGGGUGGCUCUGAUGAUCAGUAUUUCCUUGCGGGAUCAGACCAUCCAAAUGGGCCUGUACGAGCUGGAGAGCUUCCUCAACAGGUUUCGGGAGGCUCUGGUGGAGUUCGGGAAGGAGCACCGUAAGGAUCGCAACAGCAAUAAAUUCUACCUCCACUACCUGCUCGCUGCCAUCAGCAACUGCAUUAUCCUGAAGAGCUGCACGGAGAGCCUGCAGCAGCAGAGGGGGCUGGUCCCGGCGGGGCAGCUCCCGCGGACACCCCCGGGGCCCCUGGCGGCGCUGGACCGCGCGGUGCGGAAGGCCUGCAGGCUGGCGGUGGACGAGCUGCUGCAGGACCUCCAGCCCGUGACGCUGCGCCUGCUCACCCGCUCCUGGCUGACCUGCGAGGAGGUCACCCCGGCGCUGUGCGCCCUCCUGGAGAGGCACUGCGACCUGUACGCCCGCGCCAGGCCCCCCUGCAGGAAGCUGCUGCAGGAGGAGUGCGAGUGGGUGGUGGUGCUGGAGUACGCCCGCGCGCUGAUGCAGAAGAGGAUGGUGUGUCGGGGGGCGGAGGAGAGGAACCAGCUCACCCAUCGCAUGAUACAGGACACGCAGCAGCUGAGAGAGCUCUUCCAGGGCACAGAGGCAGAGGAAACCGUGGCUGGUGUUACCCCAACUGCUCUUCUGCCCGUUCUGGCAGACUUCAUCCGGCUGAAGGACCUCAGCAUGCUGACGCUGGAAGUGUCUGGACUCGUGGCCAAGUACCCCGAUAUUAGUGAGGAGCACGUCUCGGUCCUGCUGGACGUGAGGGGGGAUGUCCCGCGGGAGGUUAGGGCAGCGGUGCUGGAUGUGCUGGAGCAGAGUGCCCCGCCCCUGCCACCCGGGUACCGCCCAGUGUUCUCCGACAUCCUGGUUCCUCUACCCAGCAUGCCUUUCUGCCUGUCUACCACCAAGUGCACCUGAACACCCCCCACUCCAGUCAUCUGACCCCUCCACACUUGCCGUGUUUACAGAGGCCUAAAAGAGGUCAAGGGAUUGUGCAGGUCUAAUGCUGGCAGCCAGUUUACUCCACCAUUGGGCAUUGGGAGAAGCAAUGAGGUUCAACCGUCUUUUUAGAAUGUUCUUUCAUAAUUCUAAGUGUGUGUUCUAGAAAUCGAUUGCUUGAAUUUACCAGUAGCGAUUGUUACAUCAGCAUUAGAACAUUAAGGACUUUCUAAUCACGUGAUUUCGCACCUUAAAGGGUUAUGUGGGAGGAACAGACACUAAAUUACAAAGGAGCAGGAGAGUACGAUACUAUGGAAAAUAUGUACCCACAGGAAUACGACUAAUCAUAACAAUAAGUAAUAAAUAUGAAAUAACAACCAAGGAUAUGUAAUAAAUAUAGCAGUUAUUGGUUCUAAAUUAGGUUAUCAUGGUACAGUUGCAGUCUGUGGUCUUCUGGAAUUUUCUAUUCCACUCCCUUUUUCCAAUGUGUACAUUUGCUGGUGGUGUACAUUUGCUCUACUGUACAAUAAAUGUAUCAAUUAUACAGAAUUGUGUUUUUUAAUCUAGAUUUUUGGUUUAAAGCAGCACCAUAGCAGAGCUUUAAGGAGUGUUGUGCCAAAACGUUCUACACCCUGACCUUUCACUUCGGUGACAUCACAAUGGACUUCUGUAACUGGUGAACCUUAACCUUAAAAGGCGUCAUAAUAUCAGCAUGUCUCAAGACCAUCUUUUCAACAUUUAAUCCAGGGGUGCACAGCAAGGGCCGAGCCACUUCAGGAUUUUCUUCUGCUCUUAAUUACUGAAUUAGCUAAAUAAUGUCUUGAUCAGACAUUUGAAUAUGCACCAGCUACAGCUGCAGACUGCUAGUGUAUCCUAAAGAUUACUGUACUGUGCUCAAGUACAGGAGUGAACCAACAUCAUUUCUAGAGCUGUCAGAAAAAUAAAUUCAGGUAAUUGGU